GGUGAAUUCCUAACAUUGAAUCAACUGAAGUGUAUGUUGAGUCUCUGAACCAAAAGAUAGUCCAUCGUGCUCCGCCCACUACGAGAAUGGGAAGCAUAUAGUCAAGCUCAGGAGGUGAUCACCAAAACUUUCACGAAGCCAGAUUGUUCCACACCCCUAUCUUCAAACUCGCAGGGCAACAUGGUGACGACGUGUUCCGACAAGUACAUCAUUCAUCGUGGACUGCUGCUGCCCAAAGAGUCGCACACGGAAGAGAGUUUGAGAUUUGCGGCGGAGUUUGAGUUCAAGAACGAUGACGUUUUGAUCGUCACCUACCCCAAAUCUGGCACAACGUGGAUGCAGGAGAUAAUUCCAUUGCUGCUGAAUGGGGGGGACCUGACACCAGUCACGACCAUUCCCAACUGGGAUAGGGUUCCCUGGUUUGAGGAGACGAGAUUGGCACUGGUUUUGGACAAAUUGAAGUCUCCGCGGGUGAUGGUCUCUCAUCUUCCUUACAACCUUAUGCCCAGCUCUUUUAGCAGCUCCAAAGCCAAGGUCAUCCACGUGACACGGAACCCCAAAGACGCAAUGGUGUCAUCGUUCCACUUCCACAAGAUGGCCAAUUUCCUUGAUGAUCCUGGGAACUUCCAGGAGUUCAUGGACAAGUUUCUCACAGGCCAAGUUCUGUUUGGAAAAUGGACGGACCACAUCAAGAGCUGGAAACAUGCAGAUCUGGGAGACAGAAUACUGUACACCACGUAUGAAGCCAUGGUGGAGAAUUUACCUGGAAGUCUGGGGGAAUUUUCCACUUUCCUCGGCAACGACCUCAGCGAAAAGACCUUGCUGGGGAUAGCCGAUCAUUGCUGCUUCAAAAACAUGUGCAAAAACCGCAUGUCCAAUUACUCACUGGUCCCAAAGGAGUUCAUGGACCCUAGCAAGUCUCAAUUUCUCAGAAAAGGCAUUAGUGGAGACUGGAAAAACCAUUUCAGCCCAGAGCAGGAUCUCAAGUUCUCAGCUUGCAUCAAUGAGGAAAUGAAAGGAGAGAACCUUUGUUUUCCCUGGUGUGGUUAAAUGAUCCAUGGCGCACACAAAGAGAUCAAGCUGCUUCUCUUCUCCAGAGGUUUUGGAUCAACAGUUUGAAAAAGAAUACUAAACAGAACUUGAGCCCUUAAUAGUGAUACGAAUGAACAAUACGUGCCAAAUGAGCCGUAGUUUUUUGUUCAGGUAAAUCAUGAGAAAAAAACUUUAAUCAAUUCAGGUCCUUUCGAGUCCUGGUGUGAUUCUUUACAAUUUGUAAAUGUAAUAAUCUUCCUACUGUGCUUUCAUUUUGUAUUUUUCUGUUGUAGCCACCUCAUAUAUGGUACACCUAUCUGUGAUUUUUUAACUAGCCUGCAACCAGUCAAAUAUGUUAGCUCAAGUUUGAAUUGCUUUGGCAGAUGUACGAAACUACCAAAUGCUGAAGUGCAUCUUUUAUACUCAAAAAGUAUAUUAAUGUGGUGAUACCUGUAAACAUAUUCUAACACAAUUUGCUCAAGGUUUUCAGUGAAAGCACAAAGAUAUCAAUGUAUGUGUGUGUGUUUGUGAUGGAUCUUAAAGGUAUUUUAUGUAAGAGGUACUUAAUAAACUGAGCAAAUCACAAUUUA